AUGUCUCCCCGAAUCUGGACGGCUCCGAUGACGUUUCAUCACCUGCGUCAGCUGCAUAUCUCCUGCAUCGAACACGAACCCGGGUUGUGCGUGCUUCCGGCGCUUCCCGUUCUGGAAACGCUGGCGUUGAAUUUUUGUUGCUACUGCUUGGAAUGCCCUCGGCAGGGGCAGGGCCCCUGUGCCCUGCUGCAGUUCCAGCGACUGCCGCAGCUCCGCUCUCUGUCGAUCGCGGGCGCGCAGCGGAAGAGCAUUAGCUGGUGCGGACGAGCUGUCCGACUCCGGAAACUCGAGAUUGAGUUUUCCAGCGGCCUGGACCUCCAUCAGAUCCUGGCCUCCCUGGGGUGGGAUCUGGAGGAGCUCCACCUGUUGGACUGCGAGUUCGUGGCGGAGGUGCCGCGGCCCGUCGUCGCGUUUCCUGCUCUGCGGCGGGUGCAGUUGCUGGAAUCCAUCUCGGGCCUGGCUGCGUUCGGCUCCGCCGAGGUCCCAUCGUCCGCCGAAUUCACUCUACGGAUUAGCCAUAAUGACCUAGACGGCCUGGCGGACUGGUCACUCGUCUGGAGGCUUCUGCAGCGGUGCUCGGUGCUGCUCAGCCUCCCUCGCUCGGGGAUUCAUCAAUGGCCGCCGGCCUCCACUUCGCGCCUAUCCCAGGUCAUGUCCCUGCCCCAGGUCCGCGUUGAAGGCCCGCCGUGGUCGGCUGACAUCACCAAGGGAAGACAGGACAUUCCGUCCGGCAGGCGAGAAAUACAACACCAUGGAUAA